GCACGAACAGCUGACAACGUGCACUUCGCGACGUAACUUGUUUGUUGUUGUCGAUUGGAGCAGAGCGGCGCCAGCUUGGAAAAACCAGUUUGUGGAAGUGACCAACUUGGGCAGCGGAACGCCACACAACUGCAACGGCAUCUCGGCAGCGGUUAUUACAGACCUGGCGAAAAGAAAGUUUUGACGCAAUCCACAGGCCGCUGCCGCCUGUAAUGAAGAAGCAACGACGCCGCAGUAACUGCUGCACUCUUCCCGCGAACGGACGCAUUUUCUCCAGCGUGUUCUCCCCAUUCCAUUGUCUCUUUAUCUGGACAACAGCAUCGGAAUUUUCGGAACUGGACAACACAACGGUCACCGAACAACGAAGUAUCGAACAACAAAAGCGGGAAAAAAGUGAAAUCGCUGAUAAACCCGAAUACCCCCAAGACUUUGUCAAUCAAUGAAUGGCCGUCUGAACCUGGAAUCUAUAUUGGGAGUCUCUUUUUGCGGGCACUUGGGCAUAACAGAGAUAAUUGAGAAGAAAUCGCAAAGACAUCCCCACGCUCCGUUGAGCAUGACACUUAAAUGCCAUUGAAAAGUUGGCAGUCACAGCAAUAAAAGUGAAAUCCGCACGAGCAAACAUACGCACACGAAAAGCGAAACCAAAGCAGUUCCGACGCAGACAUGGCGGUAACCACAGGCUCGAGCAGCGAGGCAACCGCAACCCCAGCUCCCGUUCCGCGACGCAAGCACAGUACACGGGAGCAACUCCACCAAAUGUUGGCCGGCGGCCUGUCGGCGGCCAUCACUCGAUCCACCUGCCAACCGCUGGACGUGCUCAAGAUCCGCUUCCAACUGCAGGUGGAGCCGUUGGGCAAGAGUCGGAUCAAGGAGGGCGCGGGUGCCCUUACCUCCAAGUACACAUCCAUUGGACAGGCGGUUAAGACAAUCUAUCGGGAGGAGGGACUGCUGGCCUUCUGGAAGGGCCACAAUCCCGCCCAGGUGCUGAGCAUCAUGUACGGCAUCUGCCAGUUCUGGACCUACGAACAGCUAAGCCUGAUGGCCAAGCAAACCCAUUACCUCGCGGAUCACCAGCAUCUAUCGAACUUUUUGUGUGGCGCCGCGGCGGGCGGAGCAGCAGUGAUCAUAUCCACGCCGCUGGACGUCAUCCGUACUCGACUGAUUGCCCAGGACACGAGCAAGGGAUACAGGAACGCCACGAGGGCUGUGUCGGCGAUCGUUCGACAGGAGGGUCCACGAGGCAUGUACCGCGGUUUGUCCUCCGCUCUGCUGCAAAUCACGCCGCUGAUGGGCACCAACUUCAUGGCUUAUCGCCUGUUCAGCGAUUGGGCAUGUGCUUUCCUAGAGGUGAGCGAUCGCAGCCAACUGCCCACGUGGACGCUGCUGGGUUUGGGCGCCUCCUCGGGCAUGCUCUCCAAGACGAUCGUGUACCCCUUCGAUCUGAUCAAGAAGCGACUGCAAAUCCAGGGCUUCGAGUCGAACCGCCAGACCUUCGGACAGACGCUCCAGUGCCACGGAGUCUGGGAUUGCAUGCGAUUGACCGUGCGUCAGGAGGGCGUUAGGGGCUUGUACAAGGGGGUGGCCCCCACACUCCUCAAGUCAAGCAUGACCACGGCCCUGUACUUUAGCAUUUACGAUAAGCUCAAGCAGGUGCGCUUCUAGGUCGGGCUUGGAGUCGGGGUUAAUUGCGGCUCAAAUCCAUUGAGCUACGGCUGCCCCUACAGAAUCUACAGCGUAUUUUCUAUUUUUAUAUAUAUUUACCGCAGUGCGUAAAUAAUUUUAAGGCAUAGGCUAACUGUUGAUUAGUUUUCGGUUUCGCAUACGGGGUUCUGUUUAUCAUUUAGACCAAUCGACUUGGCGGCGCUUUAGAACACAAAUACAAUUAGCGCACCAGUUAAGUUACAUAUAUAUAUAAUAUAUUAGUUAGUAGUCCAUUAUUCGAGCAAAAGCACCUCGCUUUUUAGCCACACACUCAAACCUUAAAUUAUCUUUUGUUAAAUUUGAAAGCGAAAACGGCGAGGCUGGAAGCCCCGUUUAUGUUUAAAUGUUUUUACACAACUAAAUAUUCAGGGACUUAAAUAAAACUUGACUACAUCACAUAGUUUUAUAAGUUUUUUGAAAAAAAUAAAUUAAUCGUAUAAGAUAAAAUUACAAACAACA